AUGAACAAAAAAGUUCCUAUGAAGACGGAGAUGGUGGUUAACCAUGACGAGCGAGUGGGUCGGCGUGUGGCGGUAGGUAUAUGGCAUGGCACAGUGCGGUACGUGGGCUCGGUACCACCAGCUCAAGGGCUGUGGCUGGGGGUCGAGUGGGACGACCCGAGUCGGGGCAAACACAACGGUUCACACAACGGCGUACACUACUUCCACACCAGUCACCCGACCUCCGGAUCGUUCAUCCGCAUAGAGAAGGCAGACUUUGGUCGCUCGUGUGUCUCCGCUAUCCAGGAGCGUUAUGGCAGUAAUGAGUUGACGCUGACUGUAGAAGAGCUGCAGGAGCUCCAGAGGGCUAUGAACGCUCCCCUUGUGGAAAUGGUUGGCUUUGAGGAGCUGUUUCUCCAGCCUGGAGAUAGUCUGCCUGUCCAAGCUCCAGGUAAGCAGUGCUGGAGAAGGACUGCCAUCCAUGUGUCCUAG